GGUCACAAAAUGUCGUCAUAGGCAAAAAGCCUGAUAUGGACAGUGAUGGUUCAGAGACUGCAGGAACAGUGGAAUAGAGAUUCUAAGGGGAGGCAUUUAUUUGAAGUACCGAGGAAAGCCAGGGAGGACGACAUGAAGGGACAGGAGAGGAGGCGAGGCUAAUAAGACCUUAAAUGUGAUAAUCACACUUUCCUAUUACCAGGAAACUGAAACCGUUGCGCAUGUAUUGCUACAGUGCGAGAGGGACAGAGCAAGACUGCGUUCUAGUAUGAGGGGGAUACAGGACAUCCGUUUAAAGAGUAUAUUGAGUAUAAUCUUAUAUAUAAACCCUACCUGCCAGCAACGGUGCUGGAAAGCUACGGAAGUGGUGCUGGCAGGGUUUAGUUUCUCCACACUCCAGUACAGUAAGUGGAGGUAAUGAAUGCACCAUUACGUUGGAUGCUAACCGCUGAUAAACCCCACCGAAGAAGAAGACGAAUAUUUGGAUGAGGACGCAUGCGGUCACCUUUACAGGAAUAAUUUUGCAAUGAAUUCCAACAUAACGUCAACGGAACCAUCGGACGACUGGGGUGACAUAAGUGAUGCAGAAUUACUCGAUGUACAGUCAGAGCAUCUCGCCCCUCCUGACCGGUCCAGUCCGACUCUCGGUGAGAAUGUUGGUGAUGAUUGUCAGUCCCUUGAAACAGAGAAGAGGAUCGAUUACCUUAUUAAAAAAUGGCCUAACCUCGCUCCCCUGUUCGAGAGGGUGAAGAACCGGAGCGCUGCCUUGUCUGUCCCUAACCAGAGCCCAAUGGAGAGAUUCCUUAAACGUCACCUCAGCAUUACACAGCUAUGUGAGCAGUCUUGGUGUGAGAUCAAAAUGGCCUAUGGGUUCAUUAAGCCUAAAGUAAGGAUGCUAGAGAUGCAAAAUACAGAAGUGACAACUGGGGCCAGUAUUCAUCUCGCCAGAGAACUGGAGGUGAAACCAAAUGUUGUGACUGUGGCUGCUGUCACCAGGGAGGACAGGGAGGCUCUGAAGCUAAUCAACAUGCUACAGAUGGUCCCAGCUUUAGAGGCAGGCCAGCUUGUGCGGGAGUUCCCAGUGUUUGGUGUGUUGGAAGGGAUGUUCUUCAUGGGUGUGGUUGAUGAGCUGUAUCGUAGUGACUCUGGGGAACUGGUCCUGAGUGAACUGAAGACCCGCAGUCACAACUCUCUGCCCCACCCAGCCCAGGCCAAGGGACACGCUCUACAGGUGGGUAUGUACAAGCUCUUGUUUGAUUCCAUGGUAAAGGGUUCUGUGAAGAGGGACCAUCUCCUCCACAACCUUCAGCUGGAUCCUAAUCGGGUCCUUGGAUCAGACCUCCAGACCCACACCCAGUCACUGGGCCUCCAGGCAGUCACGUUCAGAGAGCUCCUUGACCACCUACUGGUCGUCCUUACCUGUUCUAACCUCAAUGCUAUUGACAAGCUACGCCUGGAGUAUAGCCACCAGAGCUCCGGAAAGCUCAUUGGCACCAGGGAGGUAGCGUUUGAGGAAGCCCAGCUUAGGACUAAUAUCAGGGGCUACCUGGCUUACUGGAGGGGCGAGAGGGUGCCCCAGGGAGUGGAAGUGGAGGAGGCCUGGAAGUGCAGGAUGUGUCCCUAUGAGGAGACCUGUGACUGGAGGAGGGAUAGAUCACAAAGGCUAAUGAUGGUGAAUAAGAGAGCCAAGUUGGAGUGUCCUAAGUCAGAUGAUCCCAAGCCGAACGGUUCGAAUUUGAAUGGGUCGAAAUUGGAAGUCGAAUACCGGUAGUUCUCCUGAAUUAAAUAGCCCUAAACAUACAGAACCCCAGGCAUGUCUCCUGUAAUGAUUUUCUGGGUGUAGUGUGAAGUUCAGGAAGGUUCUAUCUAUGCAUCAUUGAAGGUGUAAGCCUAUUAAGCAAUAUUAAAGUCAGGUUUGUUUAGAGCUAAAUUGCCUUCAGAAAGUACACACCCCUCGACUUUUUCCGCAUUCUGUUGUUACAGCCUGAAUUUCAAAUGGAUUAAAUCGAGAUAUUGUGUCACUGAUCUAUACACAAUACCCCAUAAUGCCAAAAAUGAAAAGCUGAAAUGUCUUUAGUCAAUAAGUAUUCAACCCUUUUUAUGGCCUAAAUAAGUUCAGGAGUAAACAUGUGCUUAAUAUGUUACAUAAAUUGCAUGGACUCACUCUGUGUACAAUAGUGUUUAACAUGAUUUAAAAAUUAUUAUCCCAUCUCUACACCAGUGAUUCCCAACCAGAGGUACUAGGACCCCUGGGGGUACUUGGCCGAUCCACAGGGCGUACCUGGGAAGACACACCUGACACCAUAGGCUUACUGCUAAAAAUGCACAUGAGGGGGUACUUCAGGGGUACUCCGGGCAGAGCAAAAUUUAAUUGGUGGUACAGUAACCCGAAAAAGAUUUGGAACCACUGCUGUACACCCCACAUACAAAUACCUGUAAGGUCCCUCAGUCGAGCAGUGCAUUUCAAGCACAGAUUCAACCACAACGACCAGGGGGUUUUCUAAUAGUUCGCAAAGAAGUGGACCUAUUGGUAGAUUGGUAAAAAAGAAAGAGCAUGCAUUGAAUAUCCAUUUGAGUAUGGUGCAGUUAUUAAUUACACUUUGGAUUGUGAAUCAAUACACCCAGUCACUUCAAAGCUACAGGCGCCCUUCCCAACACAGUUGCGGUAAAGGAAGGAAACCGCUCAGGGAUUUCACCAUAAGGCCAAUGGUGACUUUAAAACAGUUAGAGUUUAAUGACUGUGAUAGGAGUUAACUGAGGAUGGAUCAACAACAUUGUAGUUACACCACAAUACGAACCUAAAUGACAGACUGAAAAGAAGGAAGCCUGUACAGAUUUAAAAUAUUUCAAAACAUGCACCCUGUUUGCAAUAAGGCACUAAAGUAAUACUGCAAGAAAUGUGGCAAAGAAAUUAACUUUUUGUCCAGAAUACAAAGUGCUAUGUUUGGGGUAAAUCCAACACAUCACUGAGUAACACUCUUCAUAUGUUCAAGCAUGUUGGUGGCUGCACCAUGUUAUUAGUAUGCUUGUCAUUAGCAAGGACUAAGGAGUUUUUAAAAAUAAAUGGAAUAGAGCACAGGCAAAAUACUUGAGGAAAAUGUGGUCAUCAGCUUUCCAACAGACACCUUUCAGCAGGACAAUAAAAAACACAAUGACAAAUAUACACUGUAGUUGCUUACCAAGGCAACAUUAAAUGUUCCUGAGUGGCCUAGUUACAGUUUUGACUUAAAUUGGCUUGAAAAGCCAUUGAAAGACUUGAAAUGGCUGUUUAGAAAUUAUCAACAACUGGUUUAUGAGCUUGAAGAAUACAUUUUUUUUUAAAGAAUGUGCAAAUAUUGUACAAUCCAGGUGUGCAAAACUCUCAGAGACUUACUCAGAAAGACUCACCGCUGUAAUUGCUGCCAAAGGCGAUUCUAGCAUGUAUUGACUCUGGGUUUCCAUUAAAUAAAAAAGUUCAAUGUCAGUGGAGAGAGCGAAAAAUCAAGAGUAUGUUGUGUAGAUCGUUUGCAAAAAAAUACUAUUAAAUCUGUUUUAAUCUCACUUUGUUACUUUAAAAUGUGGAAAAAGUCUAGGGGUGUGAAUGCUUUCUGAAGGCACUGUAACUACUUCUAAGUGUAUAUUCCUUUUUUAUAACUAUCGAAAUAUAUAUGUUCACUUUUUGUACACUUUUUUUAUACUGGGAAAAAUAUUUGGAAUGCCAUGAAAUGCAAUGCAAUACAUUUAAAGGAUGAAUGAGUGUAAUUUAGUAUGAGAUAUUUUCAAGGAAGCACAAAAUAAAACCAAGCAUGAACUGCUGUUGCCUCCACCAUUCCCUCCACCUGGUGGCUCUAGUGUGUAAAACAUAACUUUAAAAAAUCCAUCAUAAAUCUUAUAAUAUAUGAACUGUUCCCAAAACAGUCAUUUUGAAUGCGAGUUUUUAUUUUUCCUAAUCUGGAAAGUAGGUAUAUUUAAGAUUUGUCUGCCAUAUUGUAGCCUGUAGUAUGCAAUUUGUGUCUUUUAAUCCUGAAAGCGAGUAUCCUGAAAUGAAUCUCUGCAAAUUAGUUUUUUUUUUUAAGUAAAGUUGUUACACAUUUCUAAAUGACGAGGAAAUGCAUUCGAUUUUGUACCUCGAGAUUAUCGCACGCUCUCGAUUGAUAUUACACCCCUUGCGCGAGCCCGCACCUCAUCACGUCGGAAAAUAAAAUUUAAAUCAUGCAGUCAGGAGUAGGAUACGGGUAUCUAUAUACCUACCUAUUGGUAUGUAAAGUGUUUGAGAAACAGGUGGGAAAAUCGUGAAUUCACGAUGAAGGACCGUACACACGAGUUUAGGCUGGUAAGUGAAAUACAUUUUUAACUCUAGCCCACGACAUUUUUUGGAGGUGGCGAGCAUCUUUUUUAGAGUAGAACAAACUCAAAUGUUUUACAUUAAUGUUUUAUAAUUUACAGUAAUUGUAUAACAAUGUGCUGUACAUUUGUGUGUCAGUUUUGUUUAGUCUCAAAGUAAAACUUGUUUCACGCUUCCAUAUGGAAACGCAACGGGUGAGAGGAGGGUGAUUGGCUCCAGACGCUCUCCAGUUGUCCAUUAGUAGCAUAGUUGACUAAAUGGUUCAUAAGCGCGCACGUGAAACAUGAACUUUUUCCAAUGUGAUUGAUGAAUGAAUUUGCUUCUAGUUUCAACCCUAUAGAAACACCAUGUACAGUUGAAGUCGGAAGUUUACAUACACUUUAGCCAAACACAUUUAAACUCAGUUUUUCACAAAUCCUGACAUUUAACCCUAGUAAAAGUUCCCUGUCAUAGGUCAGUUAGGAUCACCACUUUAUUUUAAGAAUGUGAAAUGUCAAAAUAAUAGUAGAUAAUUAUUUAUCAGCAUUUAUUUAUUUCAUCACAUUCCCAGUGGGUCAGAAGUUUACAUACACUCAAUUAGUAUUGGGUAGCAUUGCCUUUAAAUUGUUUAACUUGGGUCAAAUGUUUCGGGUAGCCUUCCACAAGCUUCCCACAAUAAAUUGGGUGAAUUUUGGCCCAAUCCUCCUGACAGAGCAGGAGUAACCGAGUCAGGGUUGUAAGGCCUCCUUGCUCGCACACGCUUUUUCAGAUCUGCCCACACAUUUUCUAUAGGAUUGAGCUCAGGGCUUUGAUAGCCACUUCAAUACCUUGACUUUGUUGUCCUUAAGCCAUUUUGCCACAACUUUGGAAGUGUGCUUAGGGUCAUUGUCCAUUUGGAAGACCCAUUUGCGACCAAGCUUUAACUUCCUGACUGAUGUCUUGAGAUGUUGCUUUAAUAUAUCCACAUAAUUUUCCUACCUCAUGAUGCCAUCUAUUUUGUGAAGUGCAUCAGUCCCUCCUGCAGCAAAGCAUCCCUACAACAUGAUGCUGUCACUCCUGUACGUCACUGUUGGGAUGGUGUUCUGCGGCUUGCAAGCCUCCCCCUUUUUCCUCCAAACAUAACGAUGGUCAUUAUGGCCAAACAGUUCUAUUUUUGUUUCAUCAGACCAGAGGACAUUUCUCCAAAAAGUACGAUCUUUGUCCCCGUGUGCAGUUGCAAACCAUAGUCUGUUUUAUUAUAGUGGUUUUGGAGCAGUGGCUUCUUCCUUGCUGAGCAGCCUUUCAGGUUAUGUCGAUAUAGGACUCGUUUUACUGUGGAUGUAGAUACUUUUGUACCUGUUUCCUCCAGCAUCUUCACAAGGUCCUUUGCUGUUCUGGGAUUGAUUUGCACUUUUCACACCAAAGUACGUUCAUCUCUAGGAGACAGAAGACCUCUCCUACCUGAGCGGUAUGACGGCUACGUGGUCCCGUGGUGUUUAUACUUGCGUACUAUUGUUUGUACAGAUGAGCGUGUUACGUUCAGGCAUUUGGAAAUUGCUCCCAAGGAUGAACCAGACACAUUUUUUUCCCCUGAGGUCUUGGUUGAUUUCUUUUGAUUUUCCCAUGAUGUCAAGCAGAGGCACUGAGUUUGAAGGUAGGCCUUGAAAUACAUCCACAGGUACACCUCCAAUUGACCCAAAUGAUGUCAAUUAGCCUAUCAGAAGUUAUGACAUCAUUUCUGGAAUUUUCCAAGCUGUUGAAAGGCACAGUCAACUUAGUGUAUGUGAACUUCUGACCCACUGGAAUUGUGGUACAGUGAAUUAUAAGUGAAAUAAUCUGUCUGUAAACAAUUGUUGGAAAAAUGACUUGUGUCAUGCACAAAAGUAGAUGUCCUACCCGACUUGCAAAAACAAUAGUUUGUUAACAAGAAAUUUGUGGAGUGGUUGAAAAACAAGUUGGACUUCUGACUUUUUGUAUGAACUAUCACUAUAUGUAAUGCUUUUAUUUUCCACAUUAAAUUACACUAUAUAUUCCACAUACAUUUGAAUAUAUAAUGUAUGUGGACACCC